UGCACAGCUCAUGUCGGAGACUUAUGCAUCACAACGUCAGCUUAUCAAUGCAUCCAAAAAUAUUCGAGACAUUGAGCGAAGCUGGCCAUUUCUGUUUCAGGCAAAGCACCUGACCAACCACGUAAACAUCUUGCUAGGCUCAAAUGUUGCACAGACUUUUGAUGACCGACUAAAGACUGUUGGACGGCAAGUUUUUCGUUACGCACACAGCCAAGUCAAAAAAGAAUGUGUGAAGUCUUGUCUCCAAGAAAUAGAAGCUGCCAAAACUAACAGGAAGUCAAUGGCAGUUGAAUACGAAGCCAUGCCACUACUACUGCUCGCAAUCUUCGGAGAAGACAAAGAGCUGUUCUACAAGCUAACAGAGGAGACGGCCAGCGACGAUGACUUGGGGGAUCUGCCAAGCUGUCCUUUCAUCUGCGCGAAAGGAUGGACUUUUCUCACUGCUAAUUCAUACACAAUCUGCGUGGACACCCAUCCAGUACUUCAUGCAUCGAAGCCAGACGAGGCCUUCAAGCUGCUGUUCUUUGCCCAUUUUGCUUUUAACAUCCAGUACCAGAAGGAGACGAGCCUGUGCUUGGAAUUCACACAGAGGGCUAUUGCAGGUAUUAAUCCUGCAAGAGGAACAAAGGUGCAAAAGAAUGGCGGGAAGCAGCACUGCCUGUCACCAAGAGUGGCUGCACUCGUAACGGCUUUGAAAGACUAUGACUUUCAGAUUUUUAGUUUCUGUUGCUUGUGUUGUAUAACAUUUUAUUAUGUUGGGCUCAGAAAUAGUUCUCGAGCUAUAGAAGACUGCUGAUGUGACUUUCGUUUUAAUAAAGUGUUCAUUCA